AUGUCCUCCCAACCAGAACAACAACAGCAACAACAACCUCAAUCCACCUCCAAACCUCCCCAUCUCGAUCCAGCAACCUACCCCCGCACCCUCCACCUCCCCGCCCAAAACAUCCACCUCGAACUCACCUACAACCCGCUCGACCCCUCCAUCGCCCUCUCCCAGACCUCCUCUCCCAGCGCCGGCGCAAACGUUCUCUUCCUCGGCACAACACGCGAUACGUUCGAGGAUCGGCCCGUCUUGCAACUAAGUUAUACGACGUACCCGCCUCUCGCGCUGAAGACGCUCUCCGCGAUCGCGGAGGAGGCGGUCUCGAAACAUGGGCUGACGGGGGUGAGCAUCGCGCAUCGAUUGGGGGUCGUGCCGAUUCGGGAGGCGUCGAUUGUGAUUGCGGUUAGUGCGGGCCAUCGCGGGGCGGCUUGGAGGGCGGGCGAGGAGGUGUUGGAGUUGUGUAAGGAGAAGGCGGAGAUUUGGAAGAUGGAGGAGUUUGUGGAUGGGGGUGCAGAGUGGAGGGCGAAUCGGGAUAGAGAUGCUGAGGGGAGAGCGGUUUGA